GUGUCUGACAAAUGGAGAGACGCCUCUCGAAACCUGUACAGACUCCACUCUUGAGAAAAUUGUCAGAAUAAGAGUUGCUGCGUCUGGAAUACAGAGAAGCACACGGCCCAUUUCUCAUAUCUGGGAUUUAAAAAAAAACUUUUUAAGCCAAAUUUAUAUAUAUUUAAAUAUAUAUAUAUAUUGUACAUAUUUACAUAUACACACGAGCACAAGCAUCAGCCAUGCUGGCUUCACCAUCCCCAUUGAAAACAGCCCUGGCAUCAGAGGUGUUCCAGUGGCAGAAUGAAUCUUCCUUGGCUGUCCCAUCGGACAAUCGCCUACGAAGUGGAGCAUCUGGGGACCAACGUGUUAAGGAACAGGUGAUGAUGACCGUGAGGAGGCAGAAGCCAAGGACAUCAUCAUCGACUCUGAGUUAUGGCAACAAAGCAGGCUCAGCGUAUGAGUCUCUGGCAGAUAAUUACAACCUGAAUCGGAACAGCACUGGGAAUCAUUAUGCAAAGUACCAGAGUGGUACUCUGGGUUAUCAGCCUCAAUACAAUGGAACAUUGAAAAAGGAUAAUCGCCGCUUCAGCUCAUACAGUCAAGUUGAUACUUGGGGUCGUCAGCAGUACAUGUCUGUAGGGGCUCCUGUUAGCCCCGGGAGUGAUUUCAACUACAUGCACACCCUCAAAAGUAGCCGGAGUGAGCCAGACCUGACAGGCCCUGAUGGGAGGGCUACGCUGAGGCGCCAGAACCAGUACAAUCAUAUGAACAACUACAAUUACCAACAGCAGCAACAACAGCAGCAACAACAACAACAGCAGCGAUCUGGGAGAAGUGCUGUCCACAACUCUAGCUUCUACAGUCACCAAAGCAACCAGCAGAGGAAGAGAGGAACUCUGCCACCCGCUCGCACGCCCUCCUCUAUUUCAGCUGUGCAACAGCAACAACAGCAUGCGGUCUAUUCACAAGUGCAAAAGAAUGAUCUACAAAAGAUGGAUCCCUAUGGGACUAUGACUAUACCAUCCAGGCUGGACUCUCGAGAUGAUUAUGAUGGAGGGAUUAUGACCAUAGAGAAAGCGGUGGAACAGCUUUCAAGUCCAAAUGACAAAUAUCAGACAUCUGGAGCUAAUUACAUACAGCAUACAUGUUACCAGGACGAGAAUUCAAAAAACCUGGUAUAUCAAUACAAUGGAAUCGCAAAACUUAUCAGUCUACUCCAGAGUCCCAAUCAAAAUGUGCAGCUAGCAGGGGCUGGAGCCUUGAGGAAUCUUGUCUUCAAAAAUACCCCAAAUAAGAUUGAAACAAGUCGCCAGGGAGGUGUGAGGGAGGCUGUCAACCUCUUGAGAAGGACCUCUAACUCUGAGAUUAAGAAACAACUGACAGGUUUGCUCUGGAAUUUGUCCUCAACAGACCAUCUGAAGGAGGAACUUGUUAGGGAAGCUUUGCCUGUACUCAAUGAGUCUGUUGUGAUCCCAAAUUCUGGUUGGUCAGAGAGUUCAAUGUCUGGUCCGAGAUGUUUGAUUGACCCAGAGGUUUUCUUCAAUGCCACUGGAUGCUUACGAAACUUAAGCUCUGCAGAUGUUGGCCGUCAGGCAAUGCGUAACUGCCCAGGACUUGUGGACUCCCUGAUGCAUUACAUUCAGUAUUGCGUGGCCAAUAAUUGCCCUGAUGAUAAGUCAGUGGAAAACUGUGCCUGUAUCCUGCACAAUCUAUCAUACCACCUGGAUUCCGAAGUCCCAAAUAAAUAUUCUCAGUUGAAUGAGCAACUCUCCCGCAACCAGCAAACUGACAAGACUUCUACAGGCUGCUUCAGUAACAAGAGUGACAAAGUUCAGAAUAAUAACUUUGAGCUGCCUCUGCCAGAAGAAGAUGCCAAUCCAAAAGGUGCUAGCCUCCUUUCUCACUCGAAUGCUAUAAAGACGUACCUGGCCCUCCUUGGGCAGAGCAAGAAGGACUCAACACUGGAGGCAUGUGCAGGAGCACUGCAAAAUCUGACUGCCAGCAAGGGACAGAUGUCGAAUGGGAUGAGUCAGAUCAUUGGCCUGAAAGAGAAAGGGCUUCCACAGAUAACCAGCCUUCUCCAGUCUGGAAAUGCUGACGUGGUUAAAACAGGAACAUCUCUGCUAAGCAACAUGUCCCGUCACCCAGCACUUCACAAAACCAUGGGAUCUCAAGUUCUCCCUGAUGUCUCCCGUCUGCUAUCCCAAACCUCUGGGACAUCAGCAAACUCGGAAGACAUUCUGUCUUCAGCAUGCUACACAAUGAGAAAUCUUGUGCUGGCUGAGCCUCAGCUUGCAAAGCAGAAUCUUUCUGCAAAUCUAAUCAGCAACCUGGUUAAUAUGGGCAAGAGUGGAGCGUCCCCUAAAGUGGCAGAGGCGGCACGACUCUUCCUGACAGACAUGUGGGCUCAGAAGGAGCUUCAGGGGCUCCUAAAACAGCAAGGACUUGAUAAAAGCAUUGUGGGAUCCUUAGCAAGCUCUGCACUCCGGAAUACAGUGUCACGAGUCUUGUAAAAUCCUAUUCAAUGGAGACAUUUUUGGGAUCCAUGCCCACCUUCCCUUUCUCUGUUCUGAGAUGCUGGUGCCUGCCCUAAUGGCUCUCCUCUAAAUGCACAAGAUCAUCUUGUCUGGUGGAUGGGCAUGAAGAGCAUUCUAUGGUGGGGAAUCAGGAGGGUUCACCCAGAAAUUGUUAGGUCAUUGCACAUAUAUUACAUUUUAGGAUUAUAUUUUUUUAAAUGUUUUUAAAUGCCACUUUCCGCCUUGAGAGCUGAGUUCACUUCCAGAACUGUCCCAGACCAAACCCUCCAAUUAAUAGCGACAGCAACGCAGGAUGUGUUCUGCUGGUAACUCAACUCCCAAGGUGCCCUAAUGCUAAACAUACUCUAUUUUAAAAUUGCUUAUAAACGAGAAAGAAACUGGGUGUGCUCCAUAUGAAAAUACAGGCUUUUGGAUUUUAUUUUUUUUUGCACAAAUGCUUUUCUGAAUUCUCUAUACUAAAUGCUUGCACGCUUUAUAAAAACAGAAUGCCAUGCUUCAUAUAGUUUUUUAGUAUUCAGUUGAGUUUUCUUCUUUCAUGCACCUUGUUAUUGCUUGAUAUACUAGACUUCCCUCGAGUAUAAUAAUAAAAGACAGUGCCCACUUCCUAUAGUGUAUUGCAUAUUUAGAAGGGGUCAUUCCAAGAGCUAAAAGUCUAUAUUUCGCAUUUCUGUCAUUUACUAUUCCUGUAAGGGCAAUUUAAAGAUUAAUUAUUUGUAAAUAGUUCCAUUGUUUGUAUGUUUUAAUCAAUUGAAAGAGGAAGGUCAUUCUAAGCUUUAUGUUGGAUCCUAGUAGUAGGAGUCUUUUUUUUUUUAAGCUCUUUUAAGCAAAAAUAUGUCUGUUCUUUUAAAAAGCACUUAUGUUCGGACUUUCCCACUUUUCAUGCAAUUGCAUAAUAAUUACUUGUUUUAUGCAAUAGUUGUAAUUUAUGGCUAUUUUAAGCAGCAGAUGAGAUAUUUAAGUGCAUGGUAUGUUACUUAAAUAUGUGUGCCUUCAAAAUACCCACAGAAUGGUUAUAUUUUUGCUCAUUAAAAGACGCUUUUCAUAAACUAAAUACAUUAAUGCACCCUCUUUUUUAAAGAAAUACAUAAAAUAUACAUCUCACUUAAAUGAAAUACGGCUAACAAAAACAAUUUUAAUACACCCUACGUUUAAACUAAAAAUACCAUCAUUGCGUUACUAAAUACUAAUAAUAGACCUUUGAGGCUCGCACCCUUAGCAAUAUUUUUAUAUAACGCUAGCUUCAUUACAUAUACCUGGAGAUGCAGCAAGUUACCGCUUCCUAUAGUUUAGAUAUUCUAGUGUUACAGUAAUAGUGCAAAUCUUUAAACUCUGAGAUGCUUACAACUUGGUUACAUUAACUCAUAAAACCAAAAUAAAAAUAAA